AUGAACGGAGAUAACAGGUUAGCGGGCAUCCGGCUACAAUCGAUGGGGUCAUCCACCGAAAAGUCCAUUGACUUCCAGGAGCAGAAGUUGCAGAGCUUACAAGAGGCUUCCGAGUGUUUGUUACCGGAAGGCUUCAUAUCGAAAGUCAGCCCUCCAAUGUUCAGAGACCAUAAGAGCUAUGUAUUUAUAUUGUACUGUUUGAAUCACGUGGAUUUGGUCACGGAUUUGCAAGACUCUACAAAAUGUCAUUAUCCAUUGCAAAUAUUUAAAGACUGCAAAUUGGGUUCCUUGGUCCAAAGAGAUUUCGCACAUUAUUUCCAGUUUUCUCAACACGGAGAGAAUAACGAUUACAGCGAUAUUGAUACUACUUUGGUAAAUCUAGCCAAUAUGCGGGAUCCGCUCAAUAAUUCCCAUUUGCUAAAAAUGACCAUUGUUCCUAGGGUCUGCUCCUUCGACAAGCGCAAUUCUAAGACUUAUAAGUUGGUCUUGGAAUAUUUGAACCGCUUUGAAACUGUUCUGACAAAAUUUCGACCCCAAAAGAACUUCACUAAAAUCUACUUUAACUGGUUGAAACUUGUUGAAUCAUUCACCGAGUUAGUUUUCCGCGAUUUGUUGAUCAAAUGGCAACAGUGGCUAGAAUUAACUAUGAAUGAUACCACGGUUCAACUGAACAUCCCAUUUCUGUUAAGAAAAUUCGUAACGCAGCUUUGGCAGAAGCACUUUACCUUCCAGAGCUCAAUGAAUAGUUCAGUUGAUAGCUUUACAGAACUAUUACUCAGUAAAAACUCUAUAAGUCUCUUAGACCUUCCCCAAAAGACAAGAGAAUACAAACUGAAUUUCGGGCUAUGGUUUGAUUGCCAAAAUGGCAUUUUGAUCUUUACUAAUGGCAUCGUUCGUAUGUCAGAUGAGAUUAUAGAUGAACGACUAAAGUCAUUUGUUAGGCCAGCACACGUUUUAGUACUGGAAGACCAUCCAAGUGACGAGAUAGUGAAAAAACUGGUUUUUUUCAUUUUUUCGGCAAUACUGCAAUGUUUCACUGAUGAGAUUUUGGAAUGUUGA